AGUUUUAUUUUGCCUGCGGCAAUAAUAAUCAUUUUGCAGUGUGAUAUUAUAGUUAUUGAUCAUUUGGCUCUCUCCUAGAACAGUCGGCCGCGUGAAUCGCUGCUAGAAAUCUCAACCGCCAUGUUUAAUAAAGUGUUGUUUGCUGUUGCAUUUCUAGGAAUCGUUUCUGCGAAGCCAUUUGAUGAGACAGCUAGCCCUGCUGAUGUAAACGAAUACCGAGUAGCCCACGCGAAACAAUUUCUCCUCACUCUUCGGGAAGCUUGCGUGAAUCGUAGUGGGUCCGAAGAGGGUUACCAGCAGUUUUUAUCGGCAGUGCCUCCAGCAGUUAGAUGCUUGAAGAGUCGUAUAGAUUGGCCGCAAAUGAUGAUGGACAUGAAAUUGAUGACACAAGAUAACCGCAAGAAGGUUUUCGAAACCUAUUGUCCCAAGUUGGUGGAUUCCAAGGUGUGCUUUGAUGAUACGAUUCAAGCGCUGUCCACAUGCCUAGCUCGGGACACAAAAGCCUCAAGGGAAAUACUCGGUGAAAUGUUUUCUGGUGCGGUAACUUUAUUUUGCAAAAACGAUGGAGAAUUCAUUUACGAAACACGUAAGCCGGAAUUUCGCAGCUGUAUCACGGGUGUGAAAAAACAUAUCAAAGAGUGCAAAUCAACCAAAAUUGCUAGUACAACGCCGUGGACUGAAUAUGGCAGAGAAGAGUGCUCAGAACUUGUGAAAGCAAGAGAUUGUCUGAAGGGCAAGGUGAACUCUUGCGAUUCUCGUACUGUAAUGGAUAUAGUUGAUAUUUAUUAUAAUCCAAUUUUCAAAGCAAAUAAUUGUUUGACGAUGCCUGCUCUGGCGACUGACGAUCAAGGAGCAAUUAUAGAGUCUUUGAAUGAAGUGUAGUGCCCAAAUUGUUUAAAUUGAGCUAUGUAAAUAAAGAAAGUGCAAGCAGAUUAGAACUGAAAAACUUGACCUUUUUCUCUGAUAGGUAGAAUUACAUUUAGUCGAAUUAUGGAAAAUCAUCUGCAUCCCAUCGCGAAGUUUCACGAACCACCGAUGACAAACAUUAAUAUUGAAUUUCUCGUGGUUCACAGCGGAACGACAACAGAUCCAUUAAAUCAAAUUGUGCUAGAUUGAAAGUGAUGAACGACAGCGAUAAAGAUGAUGCUCCGCUGAGUAGCCGUCUAGGUACCAUAACAGGGCGUGUACAGUCGAUGUGGCACACCUACCCAACCCACCCACAACAUCUUCGGACCAUGAGACGAUGAUGGACUCUCAUUUUCUGGGGUAAUUGAAAGCAAACGAGAAGAAAGGGAUGUAACAAAUAGAGCCAAUGCGACCAAAGCGGUACGCUCUGCUCCGAGCGGAAACAUAAAUAUGUAUCGAGGGAAAAAUAAAAUUCAGCACAUUAUUUUCCUGUGGGUGUCACACUUUGCCAGAUGUACGGAUAAUAAAGUUCCUACCAAGCAAUUCGAUCCAGCAGCAAUUGAAGAAAUACGGGAUAAAUGCAACCAAAGAUAAAGUCGUUCAAGUGCAAUUUUUCUUACGAUUGUUUUUCUUCUGAGCAUUCUGCCAUCGCCGACGGACCGUGUUUAUUUACAACAUCAAAGUGCAACGACUGGCAAGGACACGAUCUGCACGCGUGGGUGAUAACCAAACGUGGAUUGGAAAAUAUGAGCGAAAGCACUUUUCUCGUACGUACGCUGGCGCCCGGCAGAUUGGGGAUUGGGAGUCUGGCGUUAUUUUUGUCAGGUCUGAGAACAAUCAAAAACCACUUCAUGUCGUCGAAGAGCAGAUGCCUGAUACGUGCAGGAUCGCCUCAUGGCUGAAACGAAUCCGGGUGGUGCACGUGGAAUUUGCGCUCUUCACGCCUAGAAAUUGCCCUUUUUUCCUUUUUUCCCCAACCAAGACAGUACAGGACAUACAUCCUAAAAACGGUCGAGUAGUGGUCGAGUGUUCAUCUUUUCCGUUACAGCAACAUCUAACUUGCAGUUAUCCUGGCGUAAAUAGGUUUCAUUUCCAGAAACAUUCGCAUGAAAGCCAUUCUGGUGACGGGUGACGACGAAAGCGUAUGUUAAUAGAAAUUUACUGGCAAAGUGUUUUUAUUGCAUUUUCGGGAAGCUUGCGAAGAGUCGUUAUCCGUAAAUUUGUUGUUUGAUAAAUGAGAAAAUUUGUUAGAAUUAGGCUAUAAUCUUGUAAUGGAGGUCGUUUUGCCAGUCUCCGCGACGGAGCAGAAAGUGAGUAACGUUCUUUGUGGCAGAGUUAUAAUUGCCAAAAAAAAAGGAUGAGGCGCAUUUUUGUAGGGAUCACACGCAUCAAAGCAUCAUAGAAAAAAAAAGAAAUGGAUUAUUUUGAAAAUACUUUCUUUUUUGUUCAACAGUUUCAUGUGAUACAAUAAAAUAAACAUUGACGCGACAAAAUCGUUUCGACAUGGACAGUGUACUUCGUACACUAUCCGUCUAGAGGAUACUGGCAAACGAAGUAGGAGAGAUGAUGUGCGUAAUGAGAAAAGUUAAUGAAGCGGAAAUAGUGUUGUUUGAUGAAAGGGAUAGCAAUAAUAAAGUUCGUGGCAGCGAAUCCAGCCGCCCAACAUCGA